AUGACGAUGCCAGUGGUCAAAGUUGAGAAAGACUCUCCGGCAGACAGCAGUUUGUCUGCCUCCAACCCUCCUCCUCAGACGGAGGAACAGCCCAGAGGUCGCAGAAGAAAGAGACCAAUCCAGAGAGGGAAACCCCCUUACAGCUACAUCGCACUCAUCUCCAUGGCUAUCGCCAACUCUCCAGACCGCAAGCUGACUUUAGGCGGCAUCUACAAGUUCAUCACUGAGCGCUUCCCCUUCUACAGAGACAAUUCAAAGAAAUGGCAGAACUCCAUCCGCCAUAACUUGACUCUCAAUGAUUGCUUCAUCAAGAUCCCUCGAGAACCAGGUCGGCCAGGGAAGGGGAACUACUGGGCUCUGGACCCAAACGCAGAGGACAUGUUUGAGAGCGGCAGCUUCCUGAGGCGCAGGAAAAGAUUCAAGCGCUGUGACUUCAGCACUUACACAUCAUACGUCCAUGAAACACCGGUUUUCUCUCCAGUCCAGAUCGCAAGAUCAGCUGCAUACGCCAACACCGUCUAUCCCAACAUGACUGUGAGUCCCACCUACGGGCAGCAACUGCCCUCCAGCUACUAUCCCUCAUCUUCUCCGCCUGGGUUUGGACCUGGUCAGACCCGCAUGUUCAGCAUAAAUAACAUCAUAGGACACCCGACUUCAGCCAGCAUGCUUGGAGGUCAAGGGUCAGAGGUGAUGCAGCAGCCAAGUCGGAGCUUCAGUCCAGAAGGGCUUCCAAAUGCAACGAGUCCCUGCAGCCUUGGAGCCCCUCCCUUCCAGGGCCAACCAUGCGGAGGGGCCGUAUCAUCUCGAUCCUCUACACAUCCCGGGUUCACCUACUCUGGAGCAAACAGCCAUCCACAUCACCAUCACCCCCACCAGGGCUCAUAUGGACAGAACCAUGCCCAGGGGUACAUGGCAGCAGGACGCAUCCAUUCCUCAGCUCACGGCCCUGCAGAGUCCAUGGACCAUUAUGACAGGGUCUCCCCGGUGCAGCUGGGCUCAUUCUCCCAGUAUAACAGCGCUGCAGGUCCCAUCCCUAGCACUGGGGGAUACCUGAGACACCCGACAUACCCCGGGAAUAUGGACAGGUUUGUUUCUGCCAUCUGA